UGCCACCACUCUUGUUGCAUACAAACACAAGCCAAGCCCGGUGAUCUAGCAACCAUAGUAGCACUACUAGUAGUAGUAGUAGUAACAGUAGUCAUUUCAAUCCACCUUAGUUUUCUUUCUUGUUGAGAAGCCACAGCCCAGUCAAGCAUGAGUUCAUCGUGGACAUUCAAGCAGAAUAAGGUGUUCGAGGUGGCGCUAAACAAGUACGACAAGGACGCGCCAGACUACUUCCAGAACGUGGCGCGGGAGGUUGGCGACGGCAAGUCGGUGGAGGAUGUGAAGAAGCACUUCGCGGAGCUGGAAAAAGACGUGAACGAGAUUCAUACAAACGGUGCCGGCAGCAGCAGCAACAACACCAAGGGCGGUGGCAGCAGCGAUGGGCAGAGGUAGCCAAGGUACCUGAAGAGCCAGUGAUCGCUGGGCUGGUACAAGACUCGAGCACAGCUAGCAUCCUGCCUGCCUUUCCAGCAUGAAACCAGUACUAUCUACACUACUAGAUACACAUGACCCCAUGGUGAUCGUUAUCGGGUCAUAGCUCUCGGAUGAUGAUGGCACUACGACAAGAAUAAAGUCCGAGACAUAAUCAAGUGCCGCAUCGGAGCUGUAUCUUCCGUAUAUUUUGUACGCAUUGUCUUCGUGUAUAUGACCCACGCCACGAGCCAUGUCCCCAGCUAUGCGUGUAGCAGUGGCACCGCCGGAGGUAUCGGACGGGACGGGCGCUUGUAUGCUGGUGCAGUGGUCUGUCUCCCAGUCGAAUCUGUUACCUGAUAUAUAUAUUUGUCUAAUGGAAAUUCUGGUCUACGGACUACUUAUUGC